AUGUAUGGAGAUUUAGCCAAUAAGCUGGUUUUAGAAGCCAAGAGGACGAAACAAUUGUACACAAGAAGCAACCAGAAUGCCAAGCUACCUAUGUAUCACGAAGAUAUAAUACGAAAUAUCUUAAAGGAAAUUUCGAAUCUACGCAAAAAUACAGAGUACCUAAAAGAACAACAACAAUUGGGUAAGCUCGACGACAAGGUGGCCAAGUGUCAAUACUUCGUCACGUUAUUGUGUAUGGAACGAAAUAAGAGAUGCCUCUUGGCAUAUCACAAAUUAAGGACUGAUAUGCUGGAUUCUAUGGCUUGGAAUAAUAACGGCCUAGACUUGAUGAAUAGCAUAGCUUUUAGUCAGCAGGAUACAAAUGACCUUUCUCAUCAAGAGCAAGAGUAUCUAAAAGAAUACUCGGAUUUGAUCACUGAGCUGAAAAGUGGUGAUCUGGCUGAUAUCGAUUUGUCUGGCUCUUUGGUACCUCCGAGUGAUGUUUUUAUCGACGUCAGAGUCCUCAAAGACGCUGGCGAAAUCCAAACCGAAUAUGGUGUGUUCAACCUAAUCAAAGAUUCUCAAUUUUUCGUAAGGCAAUCUGAUGUAGAACGAUUAAUUCAACAAGGUUACCUACAAAAGAUAUGA